CGCAGUGUGCGUUCGCUGCGACUCUGAGAAUAUUAACAUUAACAUUUAGCGUUGGACCCCCGAUGGGUACCCAACACUCAGUGUGACUGAGUAACUUGCGCCGGCGGGUGGGUCCCGGCCUGGCGAAUUCGACACCCGCACACACGCCAACCACCACGGGAGCCGGUAUAUUCGCGCCGUCGACGGCGGGCCACGCGCAGUUAUUUGUUAAUACGAGUAAUGAGCGGAAGCGCUCGCUAAGUUCGCGCGUGCACAAUUCACUUAAGUCACCGCAGUAUUUAAAUCACUCGGAUAUUAAGGCAAUAAGUGACCGAUGGAAUGAUAACAUGUGAUAUCGAAUAAGUAGUGAUUUGUGAUAAGGAUAGUUUCGUGCGUUGUGUAUGAUUUUAUUUGUGUGAUAAUAAUGAAUGUUAAGUACAAGUACAAAGUCAAGCGCAAGUUGCUUAGGAAUAUUAAAAAGAACAUGUUCCUAAUUUUGGUAAAAUAAUAACAUUUUGCCUAAAACUGGACUUUAUGGAUGUGAUGCUUGCGCGUCUAUAAAUUGCUAAAGCCGGAUUUUAAUUAGAGUGCGAGCAGUCCCCAGCGACGACACUCUGCCGAAAGCUAAAUUAAAACAAGCGCGCUGCGCCGGCGUGACCGAAGGCGGCGCUGUGAGAAACGUGUAAGCGCUAGGUGCGCGCGCAUCCGCCACUUAACUCAAAAGCGCCAUCGCAUAUCGCCGACUAAGCUCACACAUUCAGUUCGUGCACGCUCGUGCUUCUAUGAACAUAGCAACAAAUAGAUUCCCGACCGAAAUAAAACUACAUACUAAUCAAAUAAUAAAACAAAGUGACUUAACGAUAUUAUAAAAAUUGUUACCGUGCGCGCGUAACAAAUGUGUUGCUGAGACUUUGAGUGCGGAAUAGGAUACCUCUGGUUGAUACAUUGCUCGAAGUAGUAAAAAAUCCAGUGCGCGUCAAAAGUUCGCCAAGACGGCUCGUCGUUAACGCCACACGCGUCGCAAUUGCGCCCGAGCUCGAAUCAUCGCCUUCGCAAAAGGCCCGCCGCGACAACUGUGACUAAAAUCCACACACGCACACAACAGGAGAACACCGCCAGACGCACAUCGUUCGAGAUAAAUGGAUGUUGGCGAAUGUCGCUUCAUGAUUAGUAAGAUGCUGACAAUUGACAACACGCGCACGUUCCUCCAGAAUCAUCGGCAACGGGAGACCACCGGCAUCAAGAAGCUGUACAACUCGUUCUUCGUGAUGUUCUAA